AUGCCAGGCAGCUCCAGAUGGAUCGGCCUAACCACUGCGUUACCGCUCACUCUGCAGCAUGCUGCAGCAGAUGUUGCCAAAGCUGUCUGGCGCGAGGUGGGUGGGAUCGAGGUCGGUCAGCUUGAUCACUGGUGGCAUGUCGCCCGCUUGUCCUAUAUUGCCAGAGCAAACGGCUCGCCUGAAGCCCUCAUCCUGAAUUGUGUCGAAGGAGCGCCUGACCACCCCUCACAGUCGGCCGCAUACACGGUUGACAUCAUGCGGCGGCGAGUCAAGAUCAAGAGAGGUCAGCAAGGUUAUGCGUCGAUACCUGCGGAUUGUAUCCCUCUGCUUGAUCGUAUUCAAGAAUGGGUCGAGCGGAUCCCUGAGCGGAAGGAAGAAGCUCGUCGCAACGAGGAAAGAGCGAAGCGUGAGAGACAAGAGAGACAGCGGUUAGCAGAGCUAGAGCGGCAGCGAGUGCGCGCCGCUGCCAUCGAGGCCUACGAGCAUCGCCUAGCCGAUUUUAAAGCCUCUCAGCCUGCGCCAGCCAAGAAGGCCAAAUUGGAGGCCAAGCCUUCAGUGACGUCCGUACCUGAAGCGUGCCCAGACUGCGCGGCACCAUUAGCGGCCUGCAAGAAGUGCCAACGGUUAUCUUGUCCCCAGGCAGGCUGCAGCGGACAAGGAGUGGAUCUGCUCUUACGAUGUCGCGAUCACGACCACGAGAUUUUUUGCGGCCCAUGCCGCGAACAACAGCGCGCUGUCGACCCGCUCAAACCGCUCCUUGCGGCGUGUUCUCUCUGCAACGAAGUCUUAUGCGCGGAACAACUGCUGUUCUGCGACGGUAAAGAAGACAAGGGCACUCCGGCUCACGACAUUCGCGUCAUCUGUUGUCUCUUCUGCCAACAGGAGGCAGAGGAACAGGGUGAUCCUCUAAUGUUCAUCUGCAUCGGCGACGCUUGUCCGGCUCGGCAAACUAGCAAUUCCUCCAAAGCACACGUAUGCGACGGGUGCGCCCAACUCUACGGCAGACGUUGCGAAGAUCAUCCGGGCGAGUGGUGGUGUGAGCGUGGCAAAUGCGCUGAACAAACACUGUCAAAAUGCCCGUCUUGCGAUCUGCCACUGUGCCCGACAAUCCGCCACCAAGCUUGUGCCGCGUGCAAAACUCCCAGCUCGUGCAAACGCUGCCUUCCGACACUUGCUGAGCCGGAGCGCUUAGGAGAAUCCUCACGUGGCGAGAAUAAUGACCCGUCGGAUGAAGCCUCCAGGCCGACGGAUGAUACGUCCACGGCAGUUAACACUUCUGGUACAGUCUCCCUCAUUCCUUUACACUUCUGCAGUUGA